UAACCAACAAGCAGCUACGCUGUUCGUACGGUGGUGGAAAUUACGAUACGUGCCUGGUUGUGUGUCAAGUGCAACGAUGAAUCGCAAAAGAUAGUCGAUAUUGGAGAGAGAGAAAAAAAAAAGGAGGAAAAAAUACGCGACGUAUGUGAUCGCGAGUGAUCAACGCCGCGUUCCGUCCUAUGAUAUAAUUCUCAAGUGAGAAACUCGAGGGAAAUCAUCCUGUCGCUCAGUGUUCCAACAGCCGAUCCGAUUGGCACGAUCCUCCAGGCGAAAUUCUCGUUUCUAGUCAGUUAAGUGGUCCGCGAUAAACGAUGGCCGGAUAUGUUUUGAGAGUGAAAACGAAAUCAGGCCAGAAGGUCGUGAAUGGACUGCUCCCGCAGGAUAAACUAGGCAAAUUGCGGUCGAAACUAGUUGAAAUAACAGGAAUACCAGCUGAAGCGCUUCACGUCCUCGGUGGUUUCCCACCGAGUCCGAUCAAUCUGAACGACGAGACGAGCUCCCUCGAGGCUUGUGGCAUCAUCUCGGGCGACACAUUGAUCGUCGAGGAAAAACCACUUUACAAUGGGAAACAACAGUCCGAUGAAGAUAUCGGACGAUCUCAUAUUAUCGACGAGAGAGAUUUCACGAAUACGCCUGGCGUACUGAUGAAGAAGGUCGUACCUGCAGAUAAUUCUUGCUUGUUUACCAGCGUUGGUUAUGUGCUUAAUGGCAAAGUUGAUCCUAGCUGUGCAAGCUUUAUGAGGGAGAUCAUAGCGAACGCUGUAGCAUCUGAUCCUGUAGAGUAUUCUGAAGCUUUUCUAGGACGGCCGAACUUUGAAUAUUGUAAAUGGAUCUUAAAACCAGAAUCGUGGGGUGGAGCAAUAGAACUGUCGAUAUUAUCUAAAUUCUAUGGAUUAGAAAUAGCAGUGAUAGACAGUAUUAAUGCUAUAAUUAAUAGAUUCGGAGAAGAUCAACAUUAUGCUCAAAGAGUCUUUCUAAUAUUUGACGGAAUACAUUAUGAUCCUCUAUAUUUGGAACCACUCGAUGGUGGCAGUAUUCAAACAAUCUUCCCCGCAGAAGAUGAGAAGAUAUUAUUCGAAGCGGCUGAACUAGCGAAGGAAGUAAAAUCUAGUCGUCAAUUCACAGACAUUCAAAAGUUUAUGUUAAUGUGCAAUGAUUGUAAGAUCAAAUUGAAUGGUGAAAUGGAAGCUCGGCAACACGCCAAGGAGACAGGUCAUAAGAACUUCGGUGAAGUAGCCGUGUAGCAAAUUAAUAAAAAUCAAUCCCUCGGCAACUAUUGGUCAUCUUUCGAAGAGGACUGCUGUUUGAGAAUCCUAUUAAAUUCAAGUCUCAAGCAGAAUUUUCUACUUAAGCGAGGCUUGUAAGCAGAUUAGCUAUUUAAUACUGAUACAUUGUUGUUAAUGUAAGAUUGUAUGCAGUGCACUAUGAGGAUUGUUUAGACAUGUAAUAUACACAGAUUUUUAAUUUUGACUAAAGACCCUUAAAACUCUUUUUUUUUUGACUAAAAUCAAAAUUCAUGUAAUCGCUUUCGUUUAACUCUAAAUACAAUGCAACCAGCUAUCGUUUAAUGUAAUCGAGCAUGAUUUGUCUUUACCCAGUAUAUUUUUGUGUUUAUUUUAUUAAUAACUACAAAUAAAUUUAUUGAAUUUCAAAUCAACCCAAAAUUCUGUGUAUUUUGUUUAAAGUAGUACGAUUGCGGAAAGAAAAAUUAAUAAUUGUACGAUCUUACCGCUCAUUUUGAUUUACGAUUUAAGGGACUCGUUUAAUGUAAAUUUGUUGUUAUUGAUAAUACGUCAAAGACUUGCACUCUUUGGCAGGAUUAAGAAUCUGUGAUACUUGGUUAAAUUUGCCUAAGCGGAAUUCAUAGCCUUACUGGCGGUAAAUGUGUUCCACAUCGCAAAUAUACAU